AUGCCCGUGGAGAUCAGUUUCACCGAAAGACUGAGCAAUAUUGUGGCUCUGACGAAUGCCUUCACUUCAGCAGGCAAUGAUGGAGACGCAGCUCGCAAUAAGGCGAGAGAUCUAGAGAGCGAAAUCCUGCAGUCAGCUUCUUCUCCAGAAGAGUACCAACGACAGCUGCGAGAAGCCUUACAAGCCUCACAUACACUCAAUGCACCGCAGUCGGACGAGUCAGAGCUCCCACAAGAACCCGAGAUAUUGAACCAUGACGGCCCCAGCUUUGGAGCUUACCAAUUCGCAACUUACCAUACAGACGGGCAAACGGCGACCAUUUUCAAAGCGCAAGCAAAGGACAACAAUGCCCCAGUUCGAAUAGUGGCCUUGAAAGUUACUCAUCCAGCAAUGAUGUCUCCGCCGCAUAACUCAGAACGAGAAGCUCGGAUGUUGGUCAAGGCGCGUCAUGAGCAUGUGGUGCCUCUCCUAGACACCAUUCACGAAUCGGGAGGGAAAUUCAUCCUUGUCUUCCCUUUCCUCAGGCAGGAUCUGGAGAACCUGCUCAGGUCCGGCAGAUUGGACAAGAAGCAGGCAAGUAUGGUGUACGACGGACUCUUCCAAGCCUUAGAACAUAUUCACGCACUGGGCAUGGUCCAUAGAGACGUGAAGCCGUCGAAUAUCUUACUAAAGUCGAUGACCGGACCAGUCUACCUGAUCGAUUUCGGCAUCGCAUGGUCUCCAGGUGACAAGGACUCAGAACCGGCGGAUUCCAAGAUCACUGACGUUGGUACGACUUGCUAUCGCCCACCAGAGAUCCUAUUUGGUGACCACUCGUACGACACCUCCUUGGACAUGUGGGCAGCGGGCUGUGUUGUCGCAGAAAUCGUGAAGGACGGCCACCAUCCAUUGUUCGACGCUGGUCCCUUGGGGAGCGAGCUGAGUCUGAUCAGGUCCAUCCUUACGACUCUGGGGACGCCCGAUGAGGACAGUUGGCCCUCUGCAGAAGCAUGUCGUGAUUGGGGUAAGAUGCGAUUUCAGAGGUACCCGGCCAAACCGUGGCAUGCCCUUCUACCUGGGGCUCCUGAGGCCGCCAUUGACUUCGUCUCCAAAACGGUGUGCUAUGAGAAGACAAGGAGAUUGACUGCCAAAGCAGCGAUGCGGCAUGAUUUGAGAUCUGUCAUUGGAAGAUGA